AUUCCUUUUCUUCACUUCCCUCCACCAAUUUUCUCCUUCCUUAUCGUAUGUAUAUAGUUGUACCUAGCUCAGAUAUACAAUAGUCACACUCUGUAUUAAUAUAAAGUAUUCUUAAUUAGAUUGAUUGAUUGAUGUUUGUAAUGAUUGAAAGUAUAAAAAUGGCAGCCAAAACCAUUUCAGAAUCAAAUCGUAAAAAAAGGCAGCCAAAAAAAUGGCAACACAAAAAAAAAAUCCAGAAGAAAGUAACGUAUAACACCAUACUAAAGCUCUAUUCAAUGUCUAUGAUAAUAUAAUGUACUAUACAGUUAAAUCAGCUAUACGAUGGUAUAAGCCAUUAAUAAUAACAGCCAGACUCAAUUCAACUUCAACAAUUUCAAAACCAGCUCUAAUAUCCAUCCUUCCCUCCAAGAAAAUCAUAAAUCGAUUGUUGUUUGAUAAUAAUUCACGGUUAUCAUAUUCGAAAACUAUACCGAUUCUAGAAGUUGUAUAUAAGAAUUUAGAAGCUCCUGAAGAAAUAAUAUACCCAUCCAAAGUAAAUGGCCAAGAUCUAAUGGUUUUAAAACUGGUAUUGGCCAAUAUUAGAGGAGCUACUAAUAGUAUUAAUAAAAAUCUUGUCAAUUUGGAAAAUGAAUUAGUCGAACAAGCAGCCGAAAUGGGAGAUAAUGAUGCUAUUGCAUUAUUGAUGGCUGAAGUGGUUAAAAAGAAGAUUGUUGAUAAAAAAUCAGUGACUGAUGAAGAUGUCAAAUAUGCUCAAACUAUUUUACAAGAAUUAUGUGAUCAGAAUCAUUUAUUAGCUCUUAAGUUAAGAGCUGACAUUUACUUCAAAGCAGGAUUUGCUGAGAAGGCAGAAAAAGGGUGGUUACGUUAUUUAGAACACGAUCAAACUAGUAUCCAAGCAGCUCAAGUUUGGGCUGAUCUUGGAUUAUAUUAUUUUACGUAUCAAUCUCCCACUACAAAUUUAACAUCAGCAAAAUAUUGUUUUGAGAAUGCGAUUCAAUAUGGCGUUUUGGAUGAUUAUAUUAUAAAAGCUCAUUAUUAUCUUGGUCAAUUAUACAGUACGAUUGAUCCUGAAGUGGCUAGAUAUCAUUGGGAAAUUAGUGCAACUAGAUCUUUAUCCGAUAGUUUUUCAUCAUUGGGAUACCUUGAACUAAAUACUUUUGAGGAUUAUAAUAAAGCUAUUGAAUGGUUUACGUUAGGAGUAGAGGCGAAUAAUCAAGUGGUUUGUAUGAUUGGUUUAUUUGAUGCCUAUUAUAAAUCAAAUGAUAGAGUAUUGGCUUUUAAAUGGUAUCAAAAUUUGAAGUCUAUCAAAAGAAAAGUUCAAACUUACAAAAAGAGUAAAGCAUAUAAAACAUCUAAUGAAUUCAAAAAUAAUAUUGACGUUAGCGAAAGCUUAGUUUUUCAAUUUCUUGAAACUAGAAAAAAUGAAAUUUUGGAUAUAUCAAAUGUUAUGGUGUGAAUUUACGUCUAGCAUGUUUAUAUUUUAAUUAUCUUGUAUAUAAUAUUUCUAUAAUCUAUAUAACAGAAGACCUGUCUUCUUCUAUAUUGGAAUAAAAUCUAUCACGUAAAGUCAAUGGUUGGGUAUUCGAUCUUGAUACAAAUGACAUCAAACUUUCAUUUCUCGACACAGCUCUUGACACCAUUAUCUCAUUAAAGUCAUUUUCAUUUUCUUGAAAUACUUGGGAUUCCAUAUUUUGUUCAGAUUCCGAUGAUUCUUCAUUGGAAAUCACAUUUGAAGUUUGAAACCAUUCAUGUUCCAACAUUUGAUGUACAUCAUAUCUUUC